AAUUGUCUCUCAAAAUUAACUCUAUUUUGAAUGUACACCUCGCACAUGUUUUGCAUUUUUAUUUUUUGUACGACCAGAUAGUUUUCCCGCUUUAUCGGACAUCAUCGAUAGUCCGAGAUUAGUUGCAAUGAAUCAGGACCACUUGAAGAAUGCGAAAAGCACGGCCAGAAGAAUUAGUCGUCUGCGCUCGUUGGGAAUCGUUACGGUUGGAGCCGCAGCUUUAGUGGCGGGCAUUUCGGCGUACAAAAAGCAGGACAAGUUGUUUCGCACAUUCGUGAUGCCCGCGGUUCGGCUGCUUCCGGCGGAGACCAGUCACCAGCUAGCCGUUCUGGCCUGCAAGUACCGCGUGUGUCCGGUGUCAAAGUACCAGGACGAUCAGAAUCUGCACACUCCGUUCUUUGGCCGGAUGCUAAGUAAUCCGAUAGGAAUCGCGGCGGGAUUCGACAAGAACGCCGAGGCGGUCGACGGACUGAACGAUCUAGGAUUUGGCUUCAUAGAGGUGGGCACUGUUACCCCGGCAGCCCAAGAGGGCAACCCUAAGCCGCGGGUCUUUCGGCUGGCGAACGAAAGGGCCAUUAUCAACCGCUACGGCUUUAAUAGCGAGGGGCACCAGGCGGUGCUGCAGAGGCUGCGCACGCUACGCAACAAGGAGGACUUUAAUGGAGUGGUGGGUGUGAAUCUGGGCCGGAAUAAGACCACCAUGAGCCCAAUUGCGGAUUAUGUGCAGGGCGUACGGGUUUUCGGUCCCUUAGCGGAUUACCUGGUCAUCAACGUGAGCAGUCCGAACACCAAGGGCCUGCGCGACAUGCAGAACAAGGAGAAGCUGAGGGAGCUUCUAGAGCAAGUCAAUGAUGCCAAAUCUAGCCUGGAAAAGAACAAGAAUGUGCCCAUCUUUUUAAAACUCUCGCCGGACUUGUCCCUGGACGACAUGAAGGACAUCGUGUGGGUUAUCAAGCGCAACAAGAGUCGUGUGGAUGGUCUGAUUGUGUCCAAUACUACGGUGUCGCGGGAUCAGAUUGAGAGCAAUGAGCUGGCCGAGGAGGAAGGAGGAUUGAGUGGCGCGCCACUCAAGGCUCGCUCCACGGAGAUGAUUGCCCAAAUGUAUCACCUAACAGAUGGUAAGAUACCCAUCAUUGGAGUCGGAGGUGUGGCUUCCGGUCAGGAUGCCUUCGAGAAGAUUGAGGCUGGAGCGUCAUACGUCCAGAUCUACACGGCUUUGGUGUACGAGGGACCCGGUCUCGUGGACGACAUCAAGGAGGAGCUGUCGUCGCUGAUUACCGAACUGGGACACACCUGUGUGGCCGACGUGGUUGGCACCAAGUGCAAGUUCUACCUUCCCAAAAAAUGAAACGAUAAAGAAAAACUUGGAUCCUUAGUACUUUAAUCGCUACAUUCUUGUGUAACUAAUCUGUUUCGAAACUAUGCCUUCUGGUCUUUUUCGAAAUAACCAUUAAAUCAAUCAUAAUAUUA